CUGCGUCAUAGCGACAACAACGCAACACUACGUACUGGCUUCCCGCCACGUCGCGUCAUGUCGGCGACAUGCCCCCAAACGAAUAAUGUGCUCCACCGCCAGUUGCCCGGCGAGCAUCGCCAAUGUCUUGUCGCGUCGCGUCAUCAUCCUUAAAAACAUGGGUGACAAAAACUUAGUGUUGGUCAAAACCAUAGAAAGAUUUCCUUGUUUAUACAACUAUAACUUGAGUGAUUACUCCAAAAAAGAACUCACGGACAGAGCUUGGAACGAAGUUGCCAACGAAACUAAACUAUCAGUUGGAGAAUGUAAAGAAAAAUGGAAGAAUUUACGCUACGGUUUCAUAAGAAGUUUGAAGCCAAAUGCAGAUGGUUCUGUAAAAAAGAAAUAUUACUUACAUGAUGACAUGGAAUUCGUUCUACCGUUCGUUAAACCAUUAUCAAAACAAUUCGGUUUGGUUCAAACGCCUAUAGAAAAUGACACCGACGAUGAAUACCUGGACAAUCAAGUUGAAAGUGGACAAUCUCCACAACAACACUACUUAGAAUCGGAUAUGCAACAAAAUCUAGAACCACCUAGAAAGAAAAUUAGAUUACAGUAUGAAAAUAAUGCAAAAAUUUUACAUCAAAAACAUUGCCCCGCAGAGAGAUUUGACGAAUCAAGAAAAAUGUUCUUACUUAGUUUAUUGCCAGAAAUUAAUGAAUUAACAGAAAGCCAAAUGAGAGCCUUUAGAAGAAAAGUUCUAUCGUUAAUUGAUGAAAUAGUAGACACGCCAAACCUGUGCGAUACUAAUAUAUUUCAAUGGGCGAAAGAACAGCACGAAGAAAAACAUAGAUUUGGAAAUGAUCAAAUAAAAUCCGAGCCUCUCUAA